AUGCGGACUUUCGCCGAAUCCACUAAGGAGGUGCCCGCCUGGCAGAUGCAUCAGCAUCGUCCCAGUGCAACCCCGACAGAAGACAUUCGCCCUUCAUUGGACGGCAUAACCGCCCUCAGUCACACAGCGACAAUAACGACCACCGCAUGCUCUACGGCGGAUCUCACCCGGGCCUCACCACCGCUUCCGGAGGGCUGCACCUCCUCCUACCUCGCUGUAUUCGGGGCGUUUUUCGCGCUGUUCGGGACGUUUGGCCAGAUGAAUGCGUUCGGGACGUUUCAAGCGUGGUACGCGCAGCAUCAACUCAGUCAUUUGGACGCCUCGACGAUAGCGUGGAUUGGCUCGCUGCAGCUCUGGGUGUUCUUUUUCUCGGGCGGACUCGUUGGGAAAAUCUUCGAUGUAUACGGACCACGAUGGUUAAUGGCUUCCGGAACGAUCCUCUACGUAUUCAGCAUCAUGAUGACCAGUCUCUCCACACGAUAUUACCAGUAUUUAUUAGCUCAAGGGCUAUUAUUCGGGCUCGGAGUCGGCAUGCUUUUCUACCCGGCAUUAUCGAGUGUCGCCACUUAUUUCAGCCGGUAUCGCGCGACUGCGCUAGGCGUCGCUGCGUCGGGCUCGAGUUUCGGCGGUGUCAUGUACCCGAUCAUGCUUCAAAGACUAUUUGAACGAUACGGCUUCGCGUGGGGAGUGCGGAUAUCCGGGCUUGUCAGCGGCGUUUUGUGCUGCAUUGCCCUAAUGACAGUGACGCGCUACACGCCACCGACAACCAAACAGUUCCCCGUGGACGGCCUUCCGUACCGCAGAGGGGCGGGCACCGUCAUGUCAAGUUUUCGCGACGCGAGAUUCCUCCUCCUCGCAGCUGGGGCCGCCCUUGUCGCGCUGGGCCUAUUCAUCCCAUUCAUCUUCAUCGUCGACUAUGCCCACUCCAUUCAGUCCAUUCCAGCCCACACAGACUUCCUCGUCCUCGCCAUCCUGAACGCGGGCGGGGUCAUCGGCCGGGUCGCGCCCGCGUGUCUCUCCGACGUGAUCGGGCGCUUCAACAUUCUUGGACCCGCCGCAUUUCUCUGUGGACUUCUAUGUCUCGUGAUGUGGCUCUUCGCCGGCUCGUCGCUCGCGCUUCUCCUCGUAUUCGCUGCGUCCUACGGCUUCGCAAGCGGGACGUUCAUCUCGCUGAUUACGCCCUGUGUUGCCCAGAUCUCCGACAUGCGACAAAUUGGCUGUCGCAUCGGGCUGCUCUACAGCGCGAUUUCUGUCCCCGCUGUAGUCGGGCCGCCCAUUGCCGGGUUGCUUCUCCAUGCCGAUGGGGGCACAUAUAAGGGCAUGAUCCUCUUCGCGGGCCUGACGGUCAUCUGCGGCUCAUUCUUACUGCUGGCUGCGCGGUGGCGGAUCAACCCGCGGCUAUGGGCGCGUGUGUAG